AUGCUUCGUGGCCAAACGUUACCAUGGAGGACUGCGCUCCGACAAGGCUCCUUCAACAUCUGUAGGGACUGCAGACGGCAGCUCCUCCAGAGAAGCGCUUCAAGUUUGUCCGCGAAACCUCGACUCACUUCGAGCUACCACCCCAUUGUCGCCCGAUAUGGAUUACAAAUACGUCAGUUCUCCUCGCAUCCCGCGCGACGGAAAGACAAGCCCCCCGAAGACGAUCCCCAGUCGAAGCAAGAGGAGGCCGAGGCAAAAGCUGGAAAGGUAGAAAAGGAGUUGGACGAAGCUCCACGGACAGAGGAUUCAGUGGAAACGAAAAAGUCGGCCGCCGAGCCGCAACCGAUACCCCAAUCUGCCGACAAUGCCAAACCCGCAGCUGCAGGAGGCUCGGGCGGGGACUCCCAACCGGGCACGCAGGGCGCAGGAUCAGGGAACGAUGGCAGCAAACGUGGGCGGAAGACCACGCAGAUCUCGAAACCUACGGUGCCAGAGGUCUACCCCCAGGUCAUGGCGAUCCCCAUCGCAAAGCGUCCUCUAUUCCCCGGGUUUUACAAGGCUAUCACGAUCCGUGAUCCCAAUGUUGUUGCUGCCAUCACCGAGAUGAUGAAGCGCGGCCAACCAUACGUCGGCGCGUUUCUAUUCAAGGAUGACAACGCAGACAAGGACAUCAUUGAGAAGGUGGAUGACGUCCAUGAUGUUGGAGUCUUCGCCCAGAUUACCAGCGCAUUUCCAGUCCACGGAGACGAACACAGUCUGACGGCCGUGCUGUACCCGCAUCGCCGUAUCAAAAUGACCGCCUUGAUGCCUCCGUCCAAAGCAGGUGAAGUAGAGCCGUCUAUGGUGCAAGUCCAGCCGGUAAAGGAGGACAAGUCGAAGGGCGAAGGGCCAGACAAUAAAGGGGAUGUUGUGGCAAGUUUCGAGGAACCGAGUAAGGAACAGCCCGGCCAAAUGGGCGUCUACGAACCCACUGCUUUCCUUCGCAAAUUCCCUGUCUCGUUGGUCCACGUCGAGAAUCUAGCGGAACAACCUUUUGACAAGAAGAGUGGCGAGAUCAAGGCCUUGACUUCGGAAAUCGUCAGUGUUUUCAAGGAAGUCGCCAGUCUGAACCAGCUUUUCCGGGAUCAGAUCUCGGAUUUCAGCGUCUCCCAAUACCAAGGCAACGUACUCGAAGAGCCAGCCAAGCUUGCAGACUUCGCAGCCGCAGUCUCAGCUGGCGAGAUUGGGGAACUGCAGGAUGUCUUACAGGAAAUGGAUGUGGCCCGAAGACUGCACAAAGCAUUGGUCGUGCUCAAGAAAGAGUUGAUGAAUGCCCAGCUGCAGUCCAAGAUUUCCAAGGACGUUGAAAGCAAGAUCCAGAAGCGGCAACGAGAGUACUGGCUCAUGGAGCAAAUGAAAGGUAUCCGCCGCGAAUUGGGCAUCGAGUCCGAUGGCAAAGACAAGCUCGUGGAGAAGUUCCGCGAGAAGGCGCAGAAAUUAGCCAUGCCGGAGGCCGUCAAGAAGGUCUUUGACGAGGAGCUCAACAAGCUGGCACAUCUGGAACCCGCAGCUUCCGAGUUUAAUGUGACUCGGAACUACCUCGAUUGGAUUACACAGAUACCUUGGGGUCAGCGAAGCGCUGAGAACUUCGGUAUCAAGAACGCCAUGACCGUGCUGGACGAGGAUCACUACGGACUGAAAGACGUCAAGGAUAGGAUACUCGAGUUUAUCGCGGUCGGCAAGCUUCGUGGAACGGUUGAGGGCAAGAUCCUAUGCUUUGUCGGCCCUCCUGGCGUGGGCAAGACAUCGAUCGGCAAAUCGAUCGCUCGCGCACUGAACAGACAGUACUACCGCUUCAGCGUCGGGGGUUUGACGGACGUUGCCGAGAUCAAAGGCCACCGCCGGACCUACGUCGGCGCUCUGCCGGGAAGAAUCAUCCAGGCCCUGAAGAAGUGUCAGACCGAGAACCCGCUCAUUCUCAUUGAUGAGGUUGACAAGAUCGGCCGCGGUCACCAGGGAGAUCCGUCUUCAGCACUCCUCGAGCUGCUUGAUCCAGAGCAGAAUUCCAGCUUUUUGGAUCAUUACAUGGAUAUCCCCGUCGACUUGUCCAAAGUCCUAUUUGUCUGUACGGCAAACAUGACCGACACCAUUCCCCGCCCCCUCCUUGACAGAAUGGAAGUCAUCGAGCUGAGCGGUUAUGUCGCUGACGAGAAGAAAGCCAUUGCUGAUCGAUACCUUGCACCCCAGGCCAAAGAGCUGUCAGGCCUGAAGGACGUGGAUGUCAAACUCGACGACUCUGCCAUCGAAGAGCUGAUCAACAAGUACGCCCGAGAAUCCGGCGUCCGUAACCUGAAAAAGCACAUCGAAAAGGUGUAUCGGAAGUCGGCCCUGAAGAUCAUCCAAGACCUUGGGGAAGAGGUCUUGCCCGAGUCCGAGGCGCUGACAGCGGAAGGAAAAGCCGCCUUGGAAGAAAGCAAAAAAGAUAACACCGACGUCAAGGACACGCCGGAGAAUAUUGAGCAAGAAACCACGGAAAAGCCUCGUGUAGCGCUCGCGGUGCCGGAGUCUGUCCACGUUACCAUCACGAAGGACAAUCUGAAAGACUUUGUCGGCCCCCCAAUCUUCACGGCCGACCGGUUGUACGAAACGACACCGCCGGGCGUAGCGAUGGGUCUAGCCUGGACAAGCAUGGGCGGCGCAGCCCUCUACGUCGAAUCGAUCCUCGAAUCCGCACUGUCACAGUCCGGCCGUCCCGGCCUGGAACGCACGGGCAAUUUGAAACCGGUCAUGAAGGAAUCGACUCAGAUAGCGUAUUCGUUCGCCAAACACCUCCUCGCCACGAAAUUCCCCAAGAACAAGUUCUUCGACCACGCCAAGAUCCAUUUACAUUGCCCGGAGGGAGCCGUGCAAAAGGACGGUCCCUCAGCGGGUAUCACCAUGGCCACGUCCCUGCUGAGUCUGGCCAUGGACAAAGAAGUCGACCCCGCCUUGGCAAUGACCGGCGAACUAACCGUCACGGGCAAGGUGCUGAGGAUCGGUGGGCUGAGGGAGAAGACCGUCGCAGCGCGUCGGGCGGGCUGUAACAGGAUUCUGUUCCCCAAGGAUAAUUGGGGCGACUGGGUUGAGUUGCCCGAGAACAUCAAAGAGGGCAUAGAAGGCCACCCUGUGAAUUGGUACGACGAUGUCUUCAAGAUUGUCUUUCCGGACGUGAAUGUCAACGAAGUCAACCACAGAUGGAAAGAUGCGCUGAAGAGGAAAGAGAAGGAGAGGAAAAAUAAAGAGGACAAGGACGACGACGACGACGCUGAUGACGACUAG